AUGGCUGCAGCAAUAAUGGCCAGUUUUUCCGCAGUAAAUGAAUUUAUGGAUGAAGAGGCAAGCGUCAAUGCAAUGUGGAACGGCGUAUUCAACGCAGAAUGCCCUACGGGACACCCAGGAUAUAUGACUGCCCCUGAAGUUCACUCAUUGAACGGUAGAGCCGACCUCAUCGUCUAUCAGAUUGGAGGGCAGGCCCCCCAUUUGACAAGCGACGUUUUGAUUGUAUUCGAGGGGAAAAGGAGAACUGGCGAUGAUUUUCCGGUCAUUGUGAACCAGUGCAAGAAUUGGGCACGCUCGGUGCUCAGCCAGCACGCUUGCUGCUACUUUAUCGGAGCUCGAGGAAAGCUGGCAAAGUUUUGGGUAUGCCAACGCAUAGGUAAUGGUCAACAGAUGUGGGAUCUUCAGACCAAAUCUCUCCGGCUUGGUGGUCAUAAUCAAUUUCAAGAUGGUCAGCCGGACAUGGACGACGGCACACCGUUUGACUUGACAAACGGUAUUCAUCGUGCUUUGAUCAUCAACGCUUUCACGUAUAUGAGGAACCACGUGGCUGUCACAUAG